AUGGAAGCGAAGUCCCCUGAGCAGAGGAUUGAAGAAUUGGGCUUGCAGCUGCCGCAGGCCAGCAAGGGCAUCGCGGUCUACAAGCCCGUCGUGGUGGUGGGCAACAUCGCCUACACCUCGGGCCAACUGCCGCUCGAUCCUGUGACCAACCAGCCGCGGAAGGGCAAGCUCGGUGAUGGGGUCUCCGUCGAGGAGGGCCAUGAGGCAGCUCGUUUGUGCGGCCUCUCUAUGCUCGCGGUGCUGAAGGCCGAACUGGGCUCUCUCAACAAGAUCAAGCGCGUGAUCAAGCUGGUCGGCUUUGUCAACUCUACUCCUGACUUUGAAAUGCAGCCUAAGGGGGGAACCGCCCCUCGUCUGGGUCUUCUCGACAAGAAGGAGCUGAGGAUGAAGAAGCUUUGCGGAAAGAAGGAUGCCGCACGGUUGGGGUGGGUCAAGGUGGAGCUGCCGAAGGAAAUCUACGACCAGUUGCACGAAUUCGGGAGUAGCAUCCCCAGCGAAUGGACGUGCGACAGUCAAGGGAGGACGAGGGCUGAGGGCGGCAAGGAAGAGCAACACUUUCACGUCACCUUUCUCCUACAGCUCAAAGAUGCGCCAGGCAAGGUGAAGGCCCUGCGCGCGAUUUUGAGCCAAGAAGAACCCAUCGAGCUUGGAUUUGGUGAGAUGUUUUACAAUCGUGUGGCCCGCAUUACUCGGCGCGAGGUGCACUGCCUCGGUCUGCCCAUACUCGAUGACCGCCACAACCGCCUGUUCAACCUGCGAGAAAGAUGUGCCACGGCCAUAGGCGGCAAGGUGGCCUACAGUGGGCCAGGGCACAUCUCGCUGGCCUACAUCGUAGGACAGCACGCGCGUGACGGCGAGGCACUGGCGAAGAAGUCCAGCGGGCUCAUGUGCGGCCAACAGUUCCUCCUCACCUCCGUCGUGGUGGAAUGGGGACCACGCGAUGCCGCCACCAAGGAACGAGCAGAGGUGCACUUCCAGGGAUGCGGGCCAGGCACAGAAGAGAGGACAACGGGAGCCACCAAGGCGAGGCAAGAGGUUUGA